GUCAGCCAGCCAUUGAGUUGCGCACAACGACAGCUCCAAAACCAGCACCCUCUCGCGCCGCCAACGACCUCCGCCCACUCGCUCGGUUCUCACCUUCGACAGCGCAUAUCCGGCCAAGGAAGCAAGUCAGUAAUCAUGGCCGCCGCGAUCAAGGCGAUCAACGCCAAAAUCCGGUCGAACCCGGUGUCGGAUUACCUCUGCUCAACACAUUUCUGGGGUCCCGCGAGUAACUUUGGUAUUCCUCUCGCCGCAGUCAUGGAUACGCAAAAGGAUCCUGAAAUUAUCUCCGGCCGCAUGACCGCCGCCCUCUGCGGCUACUCCGCCGUUUUCAUGCGCUACUCUCUCGCCGUCACACCGAAGAACUACCUCCUCUUCGGCUGCCAUUUGGUCAAUUUCAGCGCGCAAUCGACGCAGGCUUACAGAUUUAUCAACUGGUGGUAUAUGGGUGGACGGGAAAAGAAUUUUGAGGCCAAGGCGAAAGAGGGUUUGAAUAAGGCUGAGGGGGUUGUGGGGCAGGCGCAGGAGAAGGCGAAGGAGUUGGUUGGGAAGGUGGAGGAGAAGGUUGGACGGUAAGGUCAAGAGCCUGGGAUAAACUUGGAAGGAAGAGGUUAAGGUGUUGAUGAGGGGGAGUAUAUCUCAGUUGGAGUGCGGUGUGGGAAGUGCGACACGGACUUGCGCGUGCGAAGUUGUCUGGAAAUGGCGAUGGAGCUGGACGCGAGACUUCGGUUGGUGCUUUUGAUAUCUGUAUAGUGGCAUCUCGAUCGUAAUUGAGCGUUGCAAGGUUCAAACACAGUGGAUUUCCCGCUCGAGGUCUUAGAACGGUAAGUGACGAGGCCCGCUCGCGAAAUGUUUCAGUGGGGGGUUUCACGCGCGAACAACACAAUGGAGAAUCAAAUGGACGAGACAUGAAGCUGAGCUGGUGAAAAUUCUGCCCCAGGCCACUGCAUCAAGACACGCAUACGAAAUAGAAGAAGUUUGAAUACCGCCAGACCACGCUCCUCUCAUACACGACCGAAC